UAAGUCAUUGAAAGCAGCAGCAUGACGUAGCCUGUUUUGUUUUCCAUGGCGCGAUGUGGUUUCAGUCUCAACUUUGCAUGCAGCUCUGGCUUAAACCAAGUUACUCUUUGUAAAUUCUGCGAUUUAACAACCUUAGCUGAAUUACCGAGGUUCAAAUGUUUGAUUUAGACUUUCGACUUAUUUGAAAAUCUUAAAAACUGUCUUAGUUUUCCCUGUCAGGCUCGACAACGUUAGCUAAGGAAGCGGUCUUCCUGGUCUGACUGAAAGCUCCACUAAUUUAGCUAACGUUAAGAUUAGCUUAGGUGAGAUGGAGAGUUCACUGGUAAAAGACAACCCACUCCUUAUACCUCUCAACAAGGAGAAAACUGUGUAUGACGGGUUCAUCACAGUCCAGGAGCGAGACUUCAGACUGAGACUAGUGCUGCCACCAGACCGCCAGCUUGUACGGGCCAGACUGCACUGCUGUUGGCAGUUGAAACACCUGUUGCGUGGGUAUGAACACAUUGUGAAACAGAGGCUGCAGCAGUCGGCUGAUCUUGUCAGUUUCGUUCUCGAGCUGAAGACUGUCUUGGAAGUGCGUCUGAAGAGCUUCCCCGAGUGCCGCUCCAUCCCGCCUCCACAGUAUUACUCUCAACUCAUUUCUGAGAUGGAGACCCUUGGGUGGGCCAAGCUGCUCUUCAUAGACACAGAGUUUCAAACAUUGAAACUAAAGGCAGAGGACUCCUCUGGAAGACAGCACAUUCUCACUGUUAAACUCAAGUCUAAGCUGCUUCCACCAGAUCCGGUGACAGGUCAUUGCUCGCCAGGCACAGUUAGGGAGGAGGCAGCACUUGGACGGCAGCACCCUGCAGAGGCCCCUGAAUGCUCAGCUGACCUGCCAGUGCCUCUGGCUAUCACCUGGACACCACAGAGUACUCUGGACCUGCUUUACAGUCAGUUCCUGCUGGUUUUGGAGUCCUUGACCAAAUUCUGGGACAUCCUGGACGAGAUUGACACCAAGACGUGGAUUCUGGAGCCUGAAAAACCGAGCCGAUCAGACACGAUGAGGCGGAUCGCCAUCGGAAACAACGUGUCCAUCAAAGUGGAGGUGGAUCCCAGGCACCCUGAGAUGCUGCCAGAGUGCUGCCUGCUGGGAGCCGAACAUGUGGUGACUCCGCUGAGGAAUAGGCUGAACGCCAACAUGCACUUGUGGAACCCGGACUCCAGCGUCUUGCACAACCUCCGGGAUGUUUUGGAGAUCGAAUUCCCGUCACCUGCCACCCACGAAAAAUCUAGCUUCAGCGCUGAGUGUGGGAUCUGUUACUCCUAUCGUUACGAAGCUGCCAUCCCUGAUCAGGUGUGUAAUGACCCUCGCUGUGGCCAGCCCUUCCACCAGGCCUGUCUUUAUGAGUGGCUGCGAGCACUCCCCUCCAGCAGGCAGAGCUUCAACAUUGUCUUUGGAGAGUGUCCUUACUGCAGCAAGCCCAUUACUGUGAAAAUGGCAGCCCAGAGGUCCUAAGAAGUGUAUUUGUGUUCCUGUCAGCUCCGACUCAACAGACAAGUAGAUCCUUUACCCGCUCAGAAAUGCACUUUGACAAACUUCAA